AUGAGUAGCACGAAAGCUAAUUCUGAAAGAAAUUCAUUAGAUAUAGAGAAUUCAUUUUAAAUUAGCCAUGAAAAAGGAAGUAAGAAUAGUUUUAAAAGUAGAUUGCAAUCUAACCUUUUAAUGAAUGACGAUGACUAAUUCUAAGAUGAUGAAUAAUAUAAUAGAUAGAACACUUAUUCUUAAGGAUAUUCUUUUCCAAUGAGAGUGCUUUGGUUCCAUUUUUAUAGUAUUUUAAAAAAGCUAAAAUAAGUUGAAAGCUUUGGAAGGAAAUUUUAAAUUGAUGAUCUACCCUAAUUAGAGAAUCAUGUCAAAGUAGAAACUACUAAUAAACUUCUUAAAGGAUAGAUUGAACAUUUAGAUCCAUAAAAAGUUAGCUAGUAUAGCUUUUUAUGGAUUUUAGGAAAGACAUUUAAGAAAGAUGUGUUUGGUAUAUUAGGCUAUGUCUUCUUAGAAGGGUUAUCUAAAAUAUUUAGCCCUUUAUGCACAGCUUAAAUUAUAACUUGUGUAAAGAAUCAAGAAGUGUAUCUUGCUUUGGUUUGGGUUUUAUGUUUAGUCUUUGCGAAUUUCUUUGGUACUACUUUUGGAUAGAAUAGUUGGACUAAGGCUUAGAGACUUAGUGUAUAGCUAAGAUUGGGUUUAGUCAAUAUACUCUAUGACAAAGUUUCAAACCUUUCUGCUUAUUCAGUUAAAAAAGCUAAUGUGGGUAAAAUAAUAAAUAUGAUAUCAUCUGAUUUUAGUUCCUUUGAAAAUAAUGGAGUGUAUAUUUUCCACUGCAUUUUGUCUCCCUUUUUACUUGUUUUAGCAAGCUGGAUUCUCAUAUCUAGAUUAGGAUUUGCAGGGGUAAUUUCAAUUAUUUUGUUAGUCCUACUCUUCCCUUUGCAAAAGACAAUAGCAUAAAGAGCAUCGAAUUACACAAAACUUUAAACUAAAGAGAGAGAUUAGAAAGUAAAAAUCUUUUCUGAAAUGAUACAAGGAAUCAGAAUAAUAAAAAUGUAUGGAUGGGAGAAAGCAUUUAACUCUAUAAUAAAUAGCUACCGCAAUAAAGAAAUUGUAUUUACAUAAAUCAACUAAUUGUAUGUUUAUUUGGAGUAGGUUAUUUCUUUAAAUGGUCCUCUUUUUGUAGCUUUAUUCUGCUUCCUGCUUGUUGAUAUUUUCUCAGAAAACAAAUUAGAUACUGCUAUUAUAUUUUCUACAAUAGAGCUAAUUAAUUUAGUUUCUGUUAAUAUUAUGAGAAAUAUAGGUUAUGGAUUGAACUUCAUAUUUGAUUUCAAAGUUUUAGUAUAGCGCUAUAUGAGCAUUAUGUCUAUAGAAAAUGUAUAAAUGAAAUCAAUAGAUUCAAAUUAAACCGCUAACUCUCAUCCAUCAGGUAAUACUUUAGUUCUAAUGAAAGACUUUUAUGCUUAUUGGGCAACUGAAAAUUUGGAUUCGAAACCACCUGUACUAUCAUAAAUAAACUUUUAAAUUACAAAAGGAGAAACAAUAUCUUUUAUUGGUCAAAUAGGUAGCGGAAAAACUUCUAUUUUAUAUGCUAUAAUGAAGGAAAUUCCUCGCUACAAAGGAUAAUUUUUUUCAACAUCUAAUUUAGCUUAUGUAGAACAAGAACCUUAUAUUCUUUAAGGUACUGUACGUGAUAAUAUUCUCUUUGGAAAAACUUACGAUGAAGAUUUUUAUUAGUAAGUUGUUAGUGCAUGCUGUCUCUAAGAUGAUUUCAUUCAAUUUGACAAAGGAGACUUAACAAUUAUUGGUGAGAGAGGAGCAAAUUUAAGUGGUGGGCAAAAAGCUAGAGUUUGCUUAGCUAGAGCUGUGUAUGCAAAUACAGAUUUAUAUUUGCUUGAUGAUCCUCUAUCUGCAGUAGAUUCUAAAGUGGCAAAGAAGAUAUUCAGCAAUGUAAUUAAUGGUUUGCUAAAAGACAAAGCUGUGAUUUUAGUAACACACUAGCUUAAUUAUGCUUUGAAGUGUUAGAGAAUAGCAGUUUUUGACAACGGAUAAAUUAUUUUGCAAGGAAAACCUAAAGAAAUAGAUUUUACUAGCAGUGUCCUUUCUAAAUUUAUUGAAUAGUCUCACAGUAAAGAUGAAGAAACUGAAGAUCCUAGUGAAGUAUCUGCUAACUAAAGUGAUGAUCAAACAAAGGAUUAAAUUGACGAACUGAUUGAUACUGAUAAAAAUAAACAUAUUUAAUAAAAUUAAAAUAAAGAAAUAACAAUCUAAGCUUCAUAAAGUAAGGCAGAAAACUCAAUUCUUAGUGAUCAAAAUAAAAAAGAAGAAGAAUUCCCUGUGACUGUUAGUACAUACAUAUAAUUUAUCAAAAUGCAUCCAAAAUCGGCUUUGUUUUUCUUAGUUCUUACAAUAUUUAUUUUGCAUGAAGUCCUAUUCACAACUUUCUACAAAAUUUUAUCAACCUACGACAUUAACGAAAAAAGUUCAUUUUAUUUCAUGGUAUUUGCAUGUCUCUUAACACUUAUUACAUUUAAAUAUCUUUAAAACUCUUCAUCUUCUAUUUUUAUUUUGGGAACGACCAAAAAUAUGUCACAAAAAAUGACCACUUCAUUAUGCUAAGCAAAGCCCAUACUAUUUGAUGAAAUUCCUUCUGGAUCAAUCAUAAACAAAUACUCUAAUGAUGUAAACAUACUUGACAAAUCACUACCAGAUGCUGCUGCUUCAACGAUGGAUGGCGUUUUACACUUUAUCAACCUUUUAUUUUCUGUUAUUUACUUCAAUCACUUCUUUGUUAUUCCUGGUGUCAUCGAAGUUUAUUUAUUCUAUAAAUGGUUUAUGUACAUCAAAUCGGUUUUGAUGAGAGCAAAGCAACUUGAUUUAGAAAAUAAAACACCUGUUUUCUAAUUUUUCUAAAGCUCUUUAAGUGGUUUGCUCAUUAUAAAUAUUUAUGGGUAAAAGGAGUCAUUUAAAAAUAGAAUGGCUACCCUAAUGAAUAACAGUAUUAGAACUUAUGAUGUAUUUUGGUUUAUAUCUAGAUUAUUUAGUGUUUAUAUGCAAUAUACAGCUCUUUUAACAUCAGCCUUAGGGAUAGUGAUAGUUCUUCUAUGGUCAAAUUAAACUUAUGGGUAAUUCAGUUAAACAUUUGCAUUUUUGAUGCUUUUAACUAACUUUUUGCAUUUAACUCUGCGUUCAUUUAUCAAUAUGGAUACUUUUAUGACUAGCAGCGAACGUGCAUAGUCAAUCAUAAAGCUCCCAAAAGAAAAAAUAGAAGUUAGCGAAGUAGAAUGCUAAUAAUAAUAAGAGUCCUCAAAUUCAAUAAAAAAUUCAUACUAAAAUUAUAAUUUAGUUCAAACAAACAUAGAUCAAGAUACGGUAAUAAUAGAUAUAAGCAAGUAAGGAAAUAUCAAUAACAGUAAUUUAUGGCCAUAAAAAGGAGAGGUAAAAUUUGAAAAGGUAUACAUGAAAUACAAACAAGAACUCAACCAUGUUUUAAAGGGUGUUAGUUUUGAAGUUAAUCCUCUCGAAAGAGUUGCUAUAGUAGGAAGAACAGGAGCUGGAAAAUCAUCAAUUAUCUAGUCUCUUUUCCGUAUGAGCGAAAUUGAUUACUCAUCAAGCGAAGGUUAAUCUAGAAUAUUAUAUGAUAGUCAAGAUAUAAAAGACAUUAGCUUACAUUAGCUUAGAAAAAAAAUUAGCAUUAUACCAUAGACUCCUUUUGUUUUCAGUGGUUCGAUUCGUCAAAAUAUAGAUCCUUUAAAUGAAUUUAGUAAUGAAGAAAUAAUAUGUGUUUUGAAAGAGACAGGUUUAUAUGAAUUAGUUUAAAAGCUUCCUAAUAGUAUUAAUACUGAUAUGAGCGAUGCUUCUUCAGUUUUUUCUAUGGGCUAAAAACAAUUAGUUUGCUUAGCAAGAGUAAUGCUUAGGAAGAAUAAAUUAAUGAUAUUAGAUGAAGCUACAUCUAGUGUGGAUAUGGAAACUGAUUAAAAAAUACAGUAAUUACUCAAAGAAAAAUUCUCUGAUACAUCAAUCAUUACUAUUGCACAUAGACUCAACACAAUAGCAGAUUAUGAUAAAGUUAUUGUCUUAGAAUAAGGAAAAGUAAUAUAAGUCGGGUCUUGCUUUGAGCUUUUAGCAUUAAACGAAAACGAUGAAUAAAUUACAAACAAAGAAAGUGCUUUUGCAUAAAUGGUACUCCAUACAGGACCAAAGAAUGCAGAAUAAAUAUUUGAAAUAAGCAAAACAUCUUAUUUAAACAAAAAGAAAAGUGUUUGA